CCCAAAAGAUAUGUUUGAUGAGCAUUGAGGUGCACUCCCCCUCCGGUCGCUAUAUGUUCUAUAGGAGCGCAUAGCAUCUUUGGAUUGCCACCGCAUCCGGCCAGCCAUAGUGGCCAAAUCCCCCUCAAUAAUUCAUGAAAAACAAAAUAUUUUAGCCGUUUGGUAGUUUAGUGGUCGAGACAAGGACGGAAUCUUGAAGGCAACCAAGUCUCCUACUCUUUGUUAUUAGGAGCACCAAAGCGAGUUCAAGUCAUUUAGCAGCCAACCUAGGGCUUCCGUUGCAGCUAUGGCUCCACAAACUCCAAGACUGGUGGUGCCCGUAGAUGUGAAGAAGAAGCCAUGGGAACAAAAGCUUCCCCUCCAUAAUCGCUGGCACCCACACAUACCCCCUGUUGCAGACGUAAAGGAAGGAGAGCUCUUUCGAGUUGAGAUGGUGGACGCGCUUGGAGGUCAAGUCGGCGAUAACAACUCCGCCGAAGACAUCCAAUCUAUAGACCUCACUGCUCCCCAUUAUCUUAGUGGGCCAUUAAGAGUUUUGGAUACAAAAGGAGUUCCAGCGAAGCCUGGCGACCUUCUUGCUGUUGAAAUCUGCAACUUGGGUCUACUUCCAGGUGAUGAGUGGGGUUAUACGGCAACGUUUGAUAGAGAAAAAGGUGGCUGCUUCUUAACUGACCACUUCCCUUCUGCAACGAAAGCAAUCUGGUAUUUUGAAGGAAUAUACGCAUACUCCCCUCAUAUUCCAGGUGUACGCUUUCCAGGUUUAACUCACCCUGGGGUGGUUGGAACUGCACCCUCACUCGAGCUUUUGUCUAUUUGGCACGAAAGGGAAAAGAAAUUGGCAGAAGAUGGCACUGGGUCUUGGACACUUUGUGAAGUCUUGCAUCAACGGCCACUUGUAAGCCUACCAACUGCAAAGAGUUGCCUUCUUGGAUUGAUUGAAGAAGGAACACCAGAAUGGGAAAGGAUUGCAAAUGAAGCUGCAAGGACAAUCCCUGGAAGGGAAAAUGGAGGGAAUUGUGACAUCAAAAAUCUGAGCAGGGGUUCAAAGGUAUAUCUCCCAGUAUUUGUAGAUGGAGCAAAUCUUAGUACUGGUGAUAUGCACUUCUCUCAAGGUGAUGGUGAAGUUUCAUUUUGUGGAGCAAUAGAGAUGAGCGGAUUCCUUGAGCUCAAGUGUGAGAUCAUAAGAGGAGGAAUGAGAGAGUAUCUGACACCCAUGGGCCCCACCCCGCUACAUGUAAGCCCAAUCUUUGAGAUAGGGCCUGUGGAGCCUAGGUUCUCAGAGUGGUUAGUCUUUGAGGGCAUCAGUGUGGAUGAGGCUGGGCGGCAGCACUACCUAGAUGCCACAGUUGCCUAUAAGCGUGCAGUCCUCAAUGCCAUCGACUACCUCUCAAAGUUUGGGUACUCAAAAGAGCAGGUUUAUCUGCUACUGUCUUGCUGCCCCUGUGAAGGGAGGAUUUCAGGAAUUGUGGACUCGCCCAAUGCUGUUGCAACCCUUGCCGUCCCUACUGCCAUUUUUGAUCAGGACGUACGGCCGAAAUCUAGGAAAGUGCCAGCAGGACCGCGAAUUGUGAAGAGAACACCUGACGUCCUAAAGUGCACUUAUGAUGGAAAUUUGCCCAUCACACCAAACCCAGGGGCAAGACUAAGUCUACUUAGUGAUGAUUGAUGCUGUUGCUUUGUAUUAAUUUGUGGAUCGAAGGUAGCUCCUGAUGCAGUUCCUAAUGCUACUACAGUCAAUUGCCUCAUGCAUGAAUUGCCAUUUGCUUCCCUUCAGAAGGCAAAAAUCAGGGUUGAAAAGUAUUAUUGGCUAAUUGUGGCAUAUUUCUCUCAGUAAAAAUAAAAAUUUAUUCUCUGUUGCGGACCUGUGGCUGUUAUUUAAAUCAAUAAAAAUACAUUCACCCUCGA